CCAUGCUGGAACACACAUAUAAUGCUAUCACCAUUCUGCAGUGCCAGAAUUUACAUGAUCCAUGUUGUUUUACAUUACGACAUGUAAGAGCUUGGCGCUGCGUUUGAGUACCAUUUUUCUAAUACAAUAAACUUUGCCAUUGCACUGGUUAUCUACAAAAUGAGGGUAUUUUCCUGUAUAGAGUGGACGUUCAUCAUUAUAUGCAUACUCCAGAUAUGUGCCGGCAUAGCAUUGUUCACCCUCAACAUAUUUUUUGUUUGGAUUGAAAACAUUUUCAUCGAAGGCUACUAUACAUCGGAGUCACUGUUCGGAACGGAGCCGCAACACAACUACACGCUGGUAUCCUGUGGCUAUUUUAUUCUGUCUAGUGCAUUAUUCUGCUGUGGACUGUUCGGCUUAUCCGCCGUGUACUUCUGGCGAACACGGACCUGUUUUAUAGUCCUGUACAUCCUCAGCGUCAUCGUUUCUCUGGGAUGCUUCUGUUUGUUGGCAUUCGUUAUCUACAAUGUCAUGCUCCAUCAGCGUAGUCGCUUGAACAGCUACCGGCAGAGUUACGAUUUCAUUGUACUGCAGAGCGGAUACUCCCAGGAUCCCAGUAGCAUGCACUACUUCGACGAAACACAGCAGAGUCUGCGCUGUUGUGGCUCAAUGUCGGCCAGUGACUGGCUAGUGGCCGGAGGAUAUAUUCCGUUAUCGUGCUGUAAAUACGGGAACGAUACCGAACGCUGCGGCCAUCUGGGAGCGCAAUCGCUCCAGCAGCAGUCGCCCAAUGCGACCCAAUUUGGCUUGCUGGAAGCCUAUGACACAGGAUGUUAUGUUAAGCAAGCCGAGCACGAAACCCAGCUCAAUGUCAUAAUGUAUGUUUUCUAUAGUAGCAUUGUUGGCGGCACACUCUUACUGCAGAUUACUGGGCUGGUACUGGUUAUUUGUUAUAAGAUUAGAAAUUUUAAUGUUGUUAUGAGGCCAACGUAUUCCUCAAGACUGUGACGCAUUGUCAAUAAUAUAACACAGUUGCUGUCAGUUUGUUGGGCAACACUGGGCGCUGGUAAAGAUGAA